GGGCAGCGCGCGCCCCUCCUCCCGCGCCGUUGCCGGGCGACGCGGCCCGCGCGCGCUCGGGGCCCGCCCGCCGGGGCUGCCGCCGCCGCCGCCGCCGCAGGCCCCGCGCCUGCCCGGGCCCCCGGGCCGGGGUCCCCGAACCCGUUCGGCUCCAGGGCCGCAGCGCGGGGCUCCCGGUGCGGGGCUGGCGCUGCGGAGCGGAGCGACUUGCCACCGGUACCGCCGCCUUCCGGGCCGCCGCCCUCCCGGGGGCGUGGGUCCGGCCGCUGGAGCCGUCGGGUCGCUUGGAUAGCUCAACAUGAACUUUAAGCAUCGAGAUCAACUAAAAAGUCAACAGAACAGUAUUUUUCCUUCUGAGAGCUGGCUACAGGAUUCUGAGUUUCUCCUGCAGUGCUGUCCAAUUCAUUACCUUUUCCUAAAACAGGACAUGGAGCUGUGUUCCUUUCUGUACAUUAAGUGCUAAUGAAGUUAUAUCUUUCAUCAGAGGAAAUGCAGAUCCAGGGAAUUACAUUUUGUGCAAGUGGCUGUUAGCUCUGUUGGCAAUGUCUAUGAUUUUAUCUGCCUCUGUGGUCCGUGUGAGGGAUGGACUCCCACUGUCUGCAUCUACUGACUAUGAUCAGAGCACGGGAAUGCAAGAAUGUAGAAAAUAUUUUAAAAUGCUCUCAAAGAAACUUUCUCAGCUUCCUGAUAGAUGUACGCUGAAAACUGGGCAGUAUAACAUAAACUUUAUCAGUUCUCUGGGAGUAAGCUAUAUGAUGCUGUGCACUGAAAAUUAUCCCAGUGUCCUGUCUUUUUGCUUCCUGGAUGAGGUUCAGAAAGAAUUCAUCACUACCUACAAUAUGAUGAAGACAAACACUGCUGUCAGACCGUACUGUUUUAUAGAGUUUGAUAAUUUCAUUCAGAGGACCAAACAGAGGUACAACAACACACGGUCUUUGUCAACAAAGAUGAAUCUGGCUGACAUGCAGACAGAAAUCAAACUGAGACCACCUUAUCAAAUUUCCGUGUCAGAGCUUGGUUCAGCUAAUGGAUUUGCACAUUUAUCUGGGACAGAAUAUAAGGGUACUGGUAAGAUAUCUGCAGCUCCUCAUCAGCGACUAGAAGCUGUGACUCUGCCAGGGAUUGUCUCAUUUGUACUCAGUCUGCUCUGUGGGGCUUUGAAUUUAAUUCGUGGCUUUCAUGCUAUAGAAAGUCUUCUCCAGAAUGAAGGUGAAGAUUUCAGUUACGUUAUUGCAUUUUUUCUUGGAACAGCAGCUUGCUUGUACCAGUGUUACCUGUUUGUAUACUACACAGGCUGGAGGAAUGCCAAAUCCUUCCUGACUUUUGGGUUAAUUUGCUUGUGCAACAUGUACCUGUAUGAACUGCGCAACUUGUGGCAGCUCUUCUUUCAUGUGACUGUGGGAGCAUUUUCUACCUUACAAAUUCGACUGCGACAACCACAGGGAAAGUCCCCUGAUUACAACGUCUGACAAGUCCUGCAACGUUUAGAGGCAGUCUUGUUCCAACAGUUACUCACUCUCAGGAAUGUAAAGCUGUUCUCCAGAAGAAGAAACUGAAUGGGACUUUCUUCUUUCUUUUGUUUGUGCGUCUUUUUUUUUUUUUUUUUAAGAUGCCUGUGGACAUUUUCCAGUUGAUAACUAAACAUUUAUUAUUUUUUUUUCCCCUGAAGGAGGACAUGAAAGAAUAUGGAACUAGAGCAGGAAAAUGGAUCAUAUCCGUGCAGUUAAAUGUAUGUAGGGGCACUGAGAUCAGGGAAUUGGGUUGGUGGCAUAAAAAAGCUUCAUUCAAAAGUCUGUUAAUGGAAGGAAUGCAUGGAGUCUGUCUUCCGUGUAUCAUGCAAGCUCUUCACUUCCAAAAUCAGUUUUGCCUUUGUGAGGCAGUAGGAGAUAGGCUAAAUAAAUAAUAAUAGUGCUGUUGCAUAUUAGCAAACUAGAUUUGGAAUAUGUAAGAUAUUAAAUUUUGGAAAGUUUCGUUUAACAUUGACAUAUAUGUGAAUGUUUUCUUAAUUAAAAUGUAACCUGGAAACUGUCUUUCUGGGCAUCAGCUUUAUGGCACCUGUGGCCCUCUGUCUAGUGCUAUAAAUACUUCAACAUUUAUUCAUUUAUUAUUUUCUUUUAAUUAUCCUUUGAAAGUGAUCUGUGUGGACAGCUUUUCUUUUUAGUAAUUAUUCAGAAAGUUCUGCCACUUAACCCAGGAGUUUUGCACGUUUCCUCUGGUUGAAAGGUUGAAAGGAAAUGGAUUGGUGAGUAAAUGGAGUGACUUGUACUUGUUGGAUUGUUCUUCUUUUAUAUGCUUUUAGAAAUGGAUGAGUAAUUAGCUCAAACCUGAGAUAAAACAAUUGUUGAAAGAAAAUAAUAAAUUGGUCUGAUUAGCUUAAA